AGUAACUUCAGUUUGUAAUCCAAGUUCUGUCGAGACCUAAUUCACCGGGUCCAAUCUAAUAAACAUCCUGACGCAGCCAACAAAGCUAAUUUUUCGUGUUUUGAGGAUCCAGAGUCCAUAUCCUCAUUAAUUAUACGUAAAAGAAACUCACUGUUAGCUGUAAAGUGCGAAUUUGAGUUGUUUUGCUCUUAUUUCAAACGGCAAUUUUAGCUUUGACAUUUGACGGUUACGGUUUGGCUUACACACUGAUUUGUCUGGUAAGUUUGAGUUGGGCGACAGAUACGAUUACCAUUAAGACUGAUUGUUCUUUAUCUUAUUGAUUUGAGCGUAUUCCAUUCUUGUUUUUGUUUUUUUGGAAAUACCAACUAUCGUUGAAGUCGAUAAAUCCUGUGGAUUCUUUAUAACACUUAUAUUUUAAUGCCGUGCGUGUCAUUUUUGUUUGAACUGGCUAGAUUCUUCAACUAUGGACACGAUAUUGACACUUUCUUACUUUGUCAUAUUUUCAAUGCUGGGUUAUCUCACGCGUUCAGGAAUUCAAGGUCUUAAUACUUAUCCGGGUGCUCCUUUUCAUGGCUUAGUAUGGGCCCAAGUGUGCGGUUGUGCGUUUAUGGGAUUCCUUCAAACAGAGAAUGUCAUGUUUCCUACGGACUCGACCAACAAACCGCUUUUACUUGCUUUGACUACUGGCUAUUGCGGAUCAGUAACAACAUUCUCCUCUUGGAUGCUCGAAAUGUUUCUUGGUAUGGGCAACAUUGAGCCGUCUUACACGCGUGCAAAAGGUGAUGGAUUUCUGAGUCUUGUUUCUAUCUUUUCCAUUACGUUACUUAUGGCCUUUGCCGCAUUACUGUACGGAAAACGUGUGGGAAGUACUACACAUCUUUGGACCAUUAAGUCACAUCGACUAUUACGCCCAUUCCCAGCUAAAACACACACCGCUGUCCGUAUCUUUUUAUCGUUAUUGGCAGUCUGUUUUUAUGUUGGUGCAGCAUUGUAUACAGCAUUCAGCACGUCUUACGCACACCGGAAGUUCGGCUUUGGUCUUGUGUUUUCUCCUAUUGGGGCACUAUUGAGACUUUACCUUAGUUUAUGGCUUAACAAAAGCUCAGCUUACUUGCCGUGGGGAACUUUUGCUGCUAAUAUUCUUGGAACACUUAUUCUGUCAAUCAUGUUCAUGAUUCCGCGCAUAUGUCACGUAAGCGAUAUUUCUAGAAGUGUACUGUAUGGUGUACAAAACGGUUUUUGUGGAGCCUUAACUACAUUGUCAACCUUUUUAAACGAGUUACAUAAGUUACCAGACAAAAAGGCUUAUAUUUAUGGAGCAUUAUCCGUCUUCGUAGGUUACGCUCUUGUUCUAAUCGUUGACGGAUCAACUGCAUGGGGCCAUGGUUAUACUGUUGAGUAUCUUUAAGUAAACUGUUUGUCUUAUUUUAAAAUUGUUGGACCGGCUACUUGUCCACAUGAUACAACUUUUCAACAGCAACUGGUUUAUGGUGUUAGAAAUACUCUCUGCUCCAUCCUAACCUAUUUAUUUAACUACCAUUUCUUCAUUUACGCUCCUUUUAUACCUGGGUUCUUUUAUAUUUGCUACUAGACACAAUGUCCCUAUGAAGUAUGGGGAAAUUGCUACAUUAUCUUUCUAUUAAGUUGAAGCAUGAACAUUUGCCAAAAACUGAAGUACAAGCUCUCUAAUUCUGCUUCAAAAUCACAUUUACUGAUUAACUAUCUUACUUAUCAAUGAAGGUUACACUAAUAAAAAGCUCUUCAUCUUUGGCAACUGUACACUAUAAAACCCCAUAAACUAGUUCAAGAAACU